AUGGACAGAAGAUACCGUACUACGGUAGAACACGGGGCUAAUGCGGUUCAACCCCGCAAACAGUAUGACGAAUGUACCACCAAAGAUCGUAGAGCUGAACGAACCACAGACUAUAUCGUCAAUACAGAGGUGAAUGUACACAAUCGAAGAUUCACCAUGUGCGCGAUCGAGACGGGCAGAAGUCAG